GUCUGUACAACCAAACCUACGAUGACAGUUCAUAAUCUUGUGUGUCUUGUGCUGGUAUUCAUAUCGACAGUUUACGGACUUUAUAAUGGCCGAAUGUUGUGUUCCCACUGUCACGGACAUACAAACAAACAACAGUGCCACAACUUCCAGCUUUGUGAGCCAGGAGAGUUCUGUUUUAUGACCACAUAUACCAUAAACGGACAAGCACUAUUGUACACCGGAUGUAUGCCUGAUACGGACUGUUCAACCCUUGGCUCUCAACAGAUCGACCAGUCUGCGGACCUUCCCCCCGGAAGUGUCGUCAUAGAACAGAAAUGCUGCAGUAGAGAUGGUUGUAACGGGUUACAGGGUUUGAAUAACAGAACAGCUUGCAUGAGCUGUUCCGAGUACGAGAAAUACCCAACUCAGUGCCAACACGCUGUCCUGUGCAAUCCGCAGCAGGAAUGCAUGUUCUACCAAUUUCUCGACACCAACACCUACCAAAAAAGAAUACACCUGAGCUGUGUCAACCAAGAGGUCUGUGAGAUUCUAAGGAGUCAGUCUACGCUGGUCUUUGGCAAACGAGAUGAAUUAGCAAUGAAAAAACAUUGUUGCAAAACAGAUUAUUGCAACGUAUUUUGGGAUCAGACGUCUUCAUUCCCUACAAAUGCUCACACAACCCGACAGACAACACCAUCCACCACGACAGCAGCAACCACAACGACAAAAACACCGUCAUCAACGACACAGAAAACGACAACUUCGUCACAAACUUUCGUUACACUUCCCACUACCGCAACAACAACAAGAAUUCAUUUUAUCCCCAUAACAAAUCCCAAAACAACACAAAAACCCGCACCUUCGAAAACUUUGGUUACUCUAACUAAUCCUCCCGGAUCAACGUAUGUGCAGCAUACUCCUACCCUUCCAAACACACAAACUACAACACAAGUUCCACAGGUUACAACUUUCAUGGGCACAACUUCUACUCAACAUAUACCUACAUUAAACCAUGCAGCAAAUACACCACCAUCACGUGUCUCGACCCAACGCACUCCUACGGCUAUCACAACACAACCGACAACUGCGACCACAACUUCGACUACUACUACAACAUUACCAACAACAUCCACGGAGCCCCCAGCUAACAGAUGUUAUAGCAGCAACAAAGAUUCAAACAUUCAGACUGUCAUUGGUUGCCCGGAUGAGGCGCCAUAUUGUUUAAACAACUUAACAAAUUACGCCAGUGGAAAAAUUGAAGUCUCCAAAGGCUGUGCCACCGCCUCCCAGUGCUACUGGAUACCGCGGGAUGAUUCCUCCGUCUACUGUGAUAUAUAUAGCUCCGCCCACACGUACUUCGCCGACUUCAUGUGUUCCUCCUGCUGUACUGGAGAAUUGUGUAAUCAGGACACCGUUGCCUCUCCGAACACACCCUUCAACCCAACCGUGAUUCCACCCAACCCAAUAACCCAUUCUCCUCUAAAAUCCACGGAGUGUUAUACUUGUGAUGACUGCCAUGACGCUGGAACCUUGUCAACUUGUUCCGGAAAUACUCCCUAUUGCUUGAAUCACUACAGCAGCUCUCAGUGGGGCGUGACGCACAUCACGAAAAGGUGUGGCGCUAAACAAGAAUGCCACAGUCAGUAUUACGAGGGCACCCGGAAUAAUUUGCUGUGUUCCGUCUUUGAUGAGAACAUCCAUGACAACAUGCGGCUGGAAUGUGUUUUUUGUUGUACCGCUUCCAACUGUAAUGAACACGCUAGACCGCCACAAAGUACCCUGUACAAAGAAUAAACUAACAUGUACAGUGUCCAUCAAUAAACAGGAAUAAUUUG